UUUAUGUUUAAAUUUGAACAAAAAUCUGGCAUUUCUAUCAUUAAGUUCAUGUAAGACGCGGGGACACCUGCAUUUCUUUUAAUGGAAGAAACAUUAUUUACUAUUUUUAUUAACAAGCCUAUUUCUAGAAAUGGAUUUUGAUUCAUCAUCUAAAUUUAUAGCCUCCUUAGCCAAAUUUUUACAAUCUUUGUGUAAUGGUUAUGUUGAUUUUGACAAAGGUGUAGAGGUUAUAGGGCAUAUCUACAUUAAUGUUGACAGUGAUACCGGCAAAAAAGUUGACUAUGUAUUAAAUGAAAAGGUUUGUAAAAAUGACAAUUCAAUCACCUUCAUCAGUAACAGUUUUCAUGCACAGCCUGCUGAAAAACCUAAACCUUUGCCUAAAAAAAUACCAGAAUCUGAAAAGCAAAAUGAAGACACAAUUGUUAUGGAAGAUUCAGGGCCAACAGUACCAAAUAGUACAAAUGUAGGAACAAUGGGGUCAUUUAGAAAUACUCCACGUGGCGGUACACAAGACAUUACAUUUACUCCUGGCUCAAAGCGCCCUCGAACACCUCCACUUCGUAGAAACUUGAGUAGUGGUAAAAGUGGAAGUCCUGCCUCUAAGCACAUGUCACCGUCCACACGUUAUCAAGACUCAGGUGGACCUUCAACAAAAAUAAGUAGAUCAGACAUUCCACCUAGUCCUUUAAUUAACAGCGGUGUUGGAAGUGAAGACUAUGAUAACCCUAAUGUAUUUCAAUCUGGUGGUGAGGAAGAUGACAGUCAAAAUUAUUCUUCAAAUUUUCUUGAACAAAAUUCUUCUGAUCUAGAUCAAAAACCUGUUAUUGACCCAGAUAUCAGUAUAGUUAAAGAAGAAUAUAUGUCAAGUCAGCAGAAUAGUUGUGCUUAUGCAGGUGCUAAUCAGUCAUCGGGCUCUGCUCCUCGAGGUAAACAUCAGCAAACAGCUUAUCCUGUCAUGAUGCAUCCAAAUUCUUCUAAUUACUCAGGUGUUACUGCUGCUGCUUCUCAUCAAUCUGAUUCAUAUUCUAGUGCUUCUUUAGAGGGUGCUGGUGAUCCAUCCACAUUAACCAGAGCUCAACAAGAAGAACUAGAAAUGUAUUAUAGAAAAGGAACUGACCAGCAUUUAACCUUCUUGCGCAAUAUGCGUGAAGCUCAUGCUUUGUACCCAUUUACGGGUAAGCGUGAUAAAGAACUCUUUGACAAAGCAUUAGCAGAGCUUUUUUUGAGACUUCCCAUUCUGCGUCUGAUGCCGGAACCAUCUACUGUUUACUUUUUGGAAAAUGCUCGAACUAGGAAUGCAAUGAGAAUGUCUCGAUGGAAAGCUAGACAAACUUCUAUAGAAAGGAAAGGUCAAUUCAAAUCACCUGGCCAAGGUCCAAGGGGUCAGUUUGGUAGACAAUCUUUUCAUGCAAGCCAAGGUUAUACCUAUCCCCAGGGAGGUUACAGUGGUAUGUCAGGUCAUGGAAUGGAAAGAAGAAUGUCUUCAGCUGGCUCUGAAGGUGACAGCUUUCUUCAGGGUGGGGGUGAUGAAAGUUAUGAUUACCAACAUUUGGCUUCAGAUGAUAGCCGAGAUACUCAACAAGGUGCUAGUGAACAUGGUCAGAUACAGUCUGGAUUCCAUGGUGUUUUUGGAAAUGGCAGUGGUCAGCAAGAAGGUCAUUUAGAACAGCCCCAACCAAGUGGUACAAGUGAAACAGCAGUCAGCGGAACAGGUCCAAGUCCUCCGGACAUUAAAGUAGAAGUCACUCCUUAUCCAUUUAUGAAAACCAAUGACUUUGAACUGAUUGAAAUAGAUCCUGAUGAUGAAGAUGACAUUUAGCUGAACAGAAAUAGUUAGUGUUCUUGUCUUUCAGAGUUUUAGAGUUAUGUGUAGCAAACAAAUCAAUGAGUACCAGUACUUGUGGAGUAGGAUGUGAAACAAGAUUUUUCAAGUGAAUUUUUUUUUUAAAUUUUUAUAUUUAAACAUUGCAUUUAGAAUUCAAUGUUUCUGUUUUUUUAGUGAAGAUCAUCUGACCAAGAAUUUUUAACUUAUACCACCUAAUCUUAUUUUUACUUACUUUGGUCAUUAUUUUGUUUGACAAACAGUACCAUGGUAGUGUAGACAGAAGAAACAAUUGAUCUAGCUCUUGGGUAGGACUAAUUGAGAUGUUUGAAAGAUAUUGUUAAUGGUGUCAACAAAACGUGUUCAAACAGGAUCAUCUUAGUCCGUUCUAAAUGUUCUCCAUUGACAAAACUAGCUGUUUGAAGCACACUUUUGUUGCAUUUAACUUAAACAUUUUCAGUAUUUUGUUUUGAAAUGUUUUAUAAAAAAAAUAUUAGUCUAUGUAAUUAUAGCCUCCCCACUUCUUGAGAUAUACAUAAGACUGAGUCCAGCAUGUACUUUGUUAGUCUUCACAUGUGAAUAACAUUUUGGACUCUAAUUUUAUGUAUAGAAGCUUUUUUUUUCCUUUUCUUAAAGCUAAUAAGGUUAUUUAAGUCUUAUUUAAUUCAUUUUCUAGGUCAGAUUUUAACUAACUUAAAUGUUUCUUUCAUAUGAGUUUUCAAAAAACUUGACACAAUUUUCAUAUUUUUAAGUUGAAUGCAGUGGAGGCUCUGUAAUAUGGAAAUACAUUCCUAUCUGAACUGGUGCUGACCAGUUAACAUUGGAGAAAGUAUGUAUUUUGGAAUGUUUUUGAAGGUACCGGUAUUCAAUGAAAAUAUUUAAUGAUAGUUGGUAAUGUUUACCUUUCUUUGUUGUAUAAAUGACUAUUUGUACAUUUUUUUUUUAACCAAUCCCAAUUGAUGUAUUGGUACAAUGUGAACUAGCAGUGCAAGUCAUUCAUUUGUUGACACACAUUUCUAAUUAGUUCAUCUUCAUUCAUGAAUGUGCUGAUUUUUAGGUUUUGUACAACUGUUGAUCAAUAAAAAUGAUUUUUU